CGUCAUAUCCUGUAUACGCUUAACUGAGCAAACUUGUUGUGCCAGAACGCGAUUGUCUGCCAAAAACUGAUUUCCAAUGUUUCCGUGUAUUUUCCAUGUGUAAUAUCAUUACGUAUGUUGGUAAAUAGACUUCGGUGAACAGCGUUUACAAAGGGGUAAUAUGUAGAAUUAAAAAUGAUCUGUUUGUGAAGUGUCUUUACAACUCUGUGUUAUUGUACUUUAUAACCAAUCCGCUCCUUUAUCCCCACUUCAAAUACUUUUACAGAACUAUCGUAAUAUUUGCUGCCAGCGCUGCUCUUACAAAAGACAUUGUUAAUGUUAAUGAGAUUUGUUUUUUUUACUGCUGAAAUAAAGGUUAUAUAAAAGUCACUGCUGUUACUGUUACACGAAUGUUGUUGUGGCUCCAGACUUUAUGUCAUCCAUGAGGGACGCAGUUGACAUAUGUUUCACAUAUUAUAGCCCAACACGUUACUUAUAGCACUUUAAAUACGAACAAUCAGUUUUUGGUAAAUACCGGAAAUCAGUUUUUUGCAGACAGUCACUUUUUGGCACAACAGCGGUUUUACUAUCUGUGUUGGUGUGUAUGUAAGAGACACGUGGGAAUACUGUAAGCUGGUAUUUUGACUCUUUUGUGCACAGUCCAGUGAGCAUUAAUAGGCUUCACACAGAUGUUCGUAGCCUCUGUACAAACUGCUGACUCUACUGUGAGCUAGAACAAGAUAUAUUGAACCUGUGGGAAUAUGACUCAGGUAAGCCAUCAUCCAUGGGGAGAGUGGCCUGGCCAGGGCACCGUGGACCUGUGGGUUGUCCAGUCUCCUCAGGUGAAGGUGGAAGUCCUAACCUUAGGUGCCAUUGUCAGAUCAGUGAGCUACAGAGGGAAGGAUGGACAAAUGGAGGAUGUAGUCCUUGGCUAUGAUAACCUGGAAGGUUAUGUAUCAGAUAAGCGGUACCUGGGCGCUGUGGUGGGCCGUGUGGCAAACAGGAUUGCAAAGGGACGUUUUGUCCUUGAGGGAAAGGAGUACCAGCUGGAUCUUAACAAUGGACCAAAUGCGCUGCAUGGAGGCCUGCGAGGCUUCAACAAGGCUAUCUGGCUUGCUACAGCAGUGGAAGGUGGUGUGCAGCUGACUCUUACCAGUCCAGAUGGAGACCAGGGUUAUCCUGGUGAAGUUCAGGUCUCUGUCUCCUACACACUGCAGGGGGAAGAACUAACUGUUGAAUACCAAGCACAGGCUAACAAAACUACCCCCAUCAACCUCACCAACCAUUCCUACUUCAACCUGGCCGGACAGGGUGUAGCAGAUAUCUACGACCAUCAGGUGUCCAUCACUGCACAGUCCUACCUGCCUGUGGAUGACACAUCAAUUCCUACAG